GUGAAGUCGGACUGUUUACGGCGUGAAAUAUGAGCCCUUUGUACACGUCGGAAUCUUUGAUAGUUGAUUGAUGUUUUAUUUUAGCUAUUCUAGUCGUCUGGCGCGUAAACUUUUGCAGCGCUUCACCACUCGACCUUAAUUAAAGUUUAUUUUAAAAGAUGGAUCCGUUCGAAUUGGAGGUGUCCUGUUACUGCGUUGUAAGACCGUCUAAAAGGAAAUCGGAGGAGAUUGUUGACAAUACAAAGCGAUUUAGAAAGGAUUAUAUCUCCGAUCCAGAGGAUUAUCAUUGGAAGAAGACCAACUAUCCAAUGAGUCAAAACUCAACACCAAGACAUGCAAAAAGACGACCAAAAAAUGGUGUACCGAAAUUAGAAUAUCUGACAGAAUCGGAGACUUCAAUGGCGAAAAAUUCCUGUAGUGUGCCUCGUAUGCCGCCUCUCUAUCAAAAUGGGUCAUCUCUUUCUUACGAAUCCCCAAAGGACCCAUGGCUACCUAAUAAACUUCCUUCCGUUGUAGAAUUUACGGGAUCCCGUUGUUCCAGUCGUCUAACUGAUUAUUCAGCUAAAACGAAUAAGCGUCCCUUAUCGUUAUCGCCCACAACUGAAGGAGUUGAUCUGAAUGCUUUAAUACGUUUUUCUCCGAAAUCUUUAAGAGCCUCGAGCUCGUCAACGCCCUCGGCCGAAUUCGGUCAUUUGUCGGCAAGGAAUAGUUUAUCAAGCGCUGAAAGUAGACAGUCGUUUUACCCACCGGAGAGCGUUCAAUCUAAUACGAUUGUGGUUAAAUCCAAUUGGAAUUUGGAAGAAUUAGGUAAAACUGAAAAGUUCGAUUGCGAAUGGAUAGAUUGCGAUAAAGAGUUUGGUGAAAGGGAAGAAUUGGUCAGACAUAUCGAGAAAAAUCAUAUAGACCAAAGGAAGGGGGAGGAUUUCACCUGCUUUUGGAAAGGUUGUCCCAGGAGGCAAAAACCGUUCAACGCACGUUAUAAAUUACUGAUUCAUAUGCGAACUCAUUCUGGUGAAAAGCCUAACAAGUGCACUCCUAAUAUCCAUUAUGUAAUUGAUGACACGACACUCUUAUAUUCUACACGAUUAAAGUAUUAUAAAAGAUCUAUACCAGAUCAAUAA